AAAUCUCCAAGGACCGAAUGAGCGUACACCGCUCCAAUAGAAAUUCCAAAAAACAAAAUCCGAUUUUUCGUUAAACCUAAAAUUGAAUUUGUUUCUCUUUCUUUCAAUCUCUUCGCCGUCGAACCCAAUACCCGUUAACCCGACCCGGAAAACCUUCAAAGGCUCCGAUUUUGAUUCUAAACACUUGCAACCCAAAACAUGAGUUCACUACAAUGACCCGUACCGAACCCUACCGGAGCCGGAGCUCCAAUUCUAAUUCCGAGAAUCCCGGAGACGGCGGAGCAAGCGGCGGAGGAACCACCGCGAUGAGGGUUAUCGUUCCGUUACAAGGCGUGGUUCAAGGUCGUGGCGGUUUGUUCUUAGGCUCUGUGAUUCCUUGCGCUUUCUUCUACUUUCUCCAGUUUUACCUUAAACGAAACCGGAAAGACGAACCCGAUUCCGGUGAACAAAACUCCGCCUCGUCUCCGAACUUGGAUACGAAUUCGGGUUUUCCGGAUCCGACCCGGUCACAAUCCGCUGGGCAUCUCACGGAGCUUACUGGUUUGCCUCGUUCCCUCUCUCGGAUCCUCCUCUCGCCGAGAAAUUCCGGUGGAUCCGUUUCGGUUUCGGGUCGGGUUAGUUGUGUAAUCAAGGGAGGAGACUCGCCAUACUACGUGGGUCAAAAACGGGUCGAGGAGGAUCCGUAUGAUGAGUCGGGUAACCCGGACGGAGUUAUCGAACUUGGUUUAGCUCAGAACAACAAGUUGUGCUUGGAUGAUUGGGUUUUGGAGAAUCCAAAGGAAGCAAUCUCAGAUGGAUUAAGUAUCAGUGGCAUUGCUUCUUACGAGCCUUGUGAUGGACUUAUGGAACUAAAAAUGGCUGUGGCAGGAUUCAUGUCUGAAGCAACCAAAAACUCGGUUUCUUUCGAUCCAUCACAGUUAGUGUUAACUUGUGGUGCAGCUUCUGCCAUGGAGAUUCUUUCCUUCUGCUUAGCUGAUUCCGGAAACGCCUUCCUUGUUCCAACUCCAUGUUCCCCAGGAUAUGAUAGGGAUGUGAAAUGGCGAACCGGAGUUGAAAUCAUACACGUUCCUUGUAGAAGCGCGGAUAAUUUCAGUAUAUCAAUGCUUGUGCUUGAUCGAGCAUUCUAUCAGGCCAAGAAACGAGGUGUCAGAAUCCGUGGCAUUAUCAUUUCAAACCCAUCAAACCCCAUGGGAAGUCUGUUGAGCAGAGAGAAUCUCUAUGCUCUUUUGGACUUUGCUCGUGAGAGGAACAUUCAUAUAAUCUCAAACGAAAUCUUCGCUGGGUCUGUCCACGAAGAAGAAGGAGAGUUCGUUAGCAUGGCUGAAGUAGUUGACACGGAAGAGAAUAUCGACAGAGAAAGAGUUCACAUCGUCUACGACCUUUCAAAAGACUUGUCUUUCCCUGGACUUAGUUCCGCUGCUAUCUACUCCUUCAACGAGACUGUUUUAUCUGCUUCAAGAAAACUCACAACUCUCUCGCCUGUUUCAUCUCCAUCCCAACAUUUGCUCAUAUCUGCAAUCUCCAAUCCCAAGUUUGCUCAGAGAUAUGUGAAAAUGAACAGGCAGAGAUUGCAGAGGAUCUACACGGAACUCGUCAAGGGGUUGAAAGAGUUAGGCAUCGAGUGCACGAGAAGCAAUGGAGGAUUCUUCUGUUGGGCGGAUAUGCGAGGAUCAAUGUCGUCCUACAGCGAGAAAGGCGAGAUUGAACUGUGGAACAAGCUCUUGAACAUUGGCAAGAUCAAUGUUAUACCAGGAUCUUGUUGUCAUUGCAUUGAACCGGGAUGGUUCCGGUUCUGUUUCAGUAAUUUGUCUGAGAGAGAUGUGCCUGUAGUUAUGAACCGCAUUAGAAAAGUUUGUGAAACAUGUAAAUCUCAAAAUUGAUUUAUGCUUAUUUGAUUUUGAUUUUCCCUC